AUAAUUUUCUAGUAUUUUUUUACGAAAUAAAAUAGAUUUUCUACCUUAAUUAUUGUUAUCUAUGAUUGAGUAUGGUUAAUUCGUUUAUUUUUGGUUUCUCGUUCGUGCAUCGAAUUAGUUCACCGAAAUUAUCUCUACCACGAAGGUCAAGGACAAACGUGUUCAAAUGAUAAGAAGUCUGAUCAGCUUAUUGAAAUAAAUAUUCAAACAUUUUCUCACAAUUUCUCCGCUACUGCAAUUUCUGCUUUAGUCUCACUUGACGUCUUCCCGUUGACUGGUGAUAAGUCUUUCUUCGUAGCACAUCUCAUCAUUCGUAUACCAAACAUGUCUCAACAAAAAGUAUGCAUUUUGGGAUCAGGAAAUUGGGGUUCAUCAAUUGCAAAAAUAAUUGGUUCAAAUGCAGCUCGUUUGGAUUCAUUUGAUUCUUGUGUUAAAAUGUGGGUUUAUGAAGAAUUAAUAGAUGGUAAAAAAUUGACUGAAAUAAUUAAUACUACUCAUGAAAAUGUGAAGUAUUUACCUGGAAAAAAGCUCCCCGAAAAUGUGGUUGCUGUACCUGAUGCUGUUGAAGCAGCCAAAGAUGCUGAUAUUUUAGUGUUUGUUGUUCCCCAUCAAUUCAUACCAAAAUUGUGUGCUAGCCUUGUUGGGUUCAUAAAACCUACUGCCACUGCACUUUCUUUAAUCAAAGGAUUUGAUGUAGCUGAAGGUGGUGGUAUAGCUCUGAUUUCACAAAUUAUCCAAAAACAAUUAAAAAUUGAAGUCUCAGUACUAAUGGGUGCUAAUUUAGCAAAUGAAAUUGCUGAUGAAAAAUUUAGUGAAACCACUAUUGGAUGCAGAGAUAAAAAAAUUGGACAAAUUCUUAAAGAUGUAAUCCAGACUGAUUAUUUCCGUGUUUCUGUUGUUGAUGAUGUUGAAGCUGUUGAAGCGUGUGGUGCACUAAAAAAUAUUGUGGCUGUCGGAGCUGGUUUUGUUGAUGGUUUGAAGUUAGGAGACAACACUAAAGCAGCCAUAAUACGUAUAGGUCUUAUGGAAAUGAUUAAAUUUGUUGACACAUUUUACUCUGGAGCUCGACUUGGUACAUUCCUAGAAUCAUGUGGUGUUGCUGAUUUAAUCACUACAUGCUAUGGUGGUCGUAAUAGAAAAGUGUCUGAAGCUUAUGUAACAUCAGGAAAAUCUAUUGAGGAACUUGAAAAAGAGUUGUUAAAUGGACAAAAACUUCAAGGACCAAUCACAGCUGCUGAAGUAAACUUUAUGCUCAAAAAUAAAAAUAUGGAAAAAGAUUUUCCAUUGUUUACAACUAUCCAUAAAAUUUGUAUUGGGGAAUUAAAGCCAAGUGAUUUAAUUGAACAAAUGAAAUUAAAUACCAACACGUCUGACAAACUAAAUCUGGAUAAAUGUAACCUAAAAACUGAUCAAGUUGAUGGAGAAUAAAUGGGAUAGUUGUUCCAACAUUGUAACAUUGUUAGGUUGUCAUACAGUAUGAUUUUAUUUCUGCAACAGUUAGAUACUAUGUUUGUACAAUAUAUACUUACAAUGCACAUCCAUGUUAAACUGUCCCGAAUCAUUAUUGUUAAAUUUAUAUAAUGUAGGUAUAUUUACUUGUGUCACAUAUGUCGUUUUAAAAUGUUAAUGUCUUUUUUUUGCACUACCUCAAACACAAAUGCACCAAUUUCAAAUGUUACCAAAUUGUAUUGUAUUUAAGCAAUUCAUAAAAAUAUAAAUAUAUACAUAGGUUUUAUUAGUUAAAAAAAAUAAAUGCCUAUUAAAGAAAUGAAACAAUUAUCAA